AAAAAAGAAAGAGAAAAUCUAUUAAUUAUAUGAUUAAUUUCAUACACUAUCUUAUUAUACAUUUAGAAAGCAUCAAGCAAGGUCAUCUCUUUAUAAUGCACAUUCAAUGCAUAGAGAAGAAGAGAUAAGUGAAAUGCAUAUAUGGUCAAUUGCUUAAAUAUUUUUUUAGUCAAUAUCAUGACACGGAGAGAUAAGAUGUCAUCCAAUAACGAUUCAGAAAUAAUACGUUUUAAAUGUGAUAAAAUGAUGAGUGGAAGGAGAAUUUACCAGUCACUGUAGCUAUAUAAGAAGAAAAGCCCAAUACAAAAAUGCAUGGUAUCAAAAGAGUAUUAGUUUUUUGUACACUGACAACCGUACUACCAUCGAUGCUUAUUCUAAUCCCUCUCUAUCUGCGACACAGUUUUUAUGCUAAUGUAGCAUACGCUGUUACAGAGUCUGAUAUUUUGGAGGUCAAUGAUGGAAUAUCAACAAUAUUUUGUUCUGAACAUACUUUACAAAUGAAUGCAACAUUUAAUGCGUUCCAAAUGUCACAUAGACCUGAAAUAGCAACAUAUAAAAAACAUAUACGUUUAAAGAAGAGUAUGAAUUUACCAGAUGAUACAUUCGAAUAUUGGGGAUUUUAUCUGCUCAAAGGUGCUACAGUACUACUUUCUGUAUGCUCAAGGUUCCAAGGAGCUUCUAUUUUAGUUGUUAAAGGUGAACGUAAUUUACGUACUUGUGAGAUAUUGGAGCAAAAUGAAAACAAAGAACGUAUAACGGAUAUGUUCCUACCAGAUGCGGAUCAAGUUAAAAUUACAUUCGAAACGCAUAUGAAAGAAAUCAAUUCUGUUGAAGACAUGAAUCAGGAAAUUAACGAUCCUAUAAAAAAAGAUAAUACAAAACAAAGUUCUAAUGAUACAUACAAUGAACAAACGAUAGAUAAUCUCAAUGACAUUAAUCGGGAGAAAUUUUUGGCAGCUAUAAAUAAAUCUAUGCAUUUGAAUAAUUUUUUAGUUAAUAAUAUGAAAGAAACUCAAAAUGAUACAAUGGAAGUACCUGUAACGUUGGAAGAAACGGAGGAUCAUGAAUUUAUUGAAAAAAUUAGAUCUAAACGAUGGUUUAAUAAAACAUUUAAUGAACAAGUGAGAAAGUUGAAAGAAGAAAAAGAAUUAAAAAGGAAAUCAACUAUUAUACAGGAGGAAAGUGAAAGUAUAAGAAGGAAAGAUUCAAAAAUGAAUAUUAAUAAUCAAAAACAAAUGGUAAAUCAUAAAAAUGUAAUUGAAAGGCUGAAAAUGGAAUUAAAUAUGGAACAUGAUGAUAAUGACAGUCUAGAAAAUGAUUUAGAUGAAAAAUUAGAAAAUAAGUUAGUUAAUGUUAGAGUAAAGAGAAAUCAAGAACUUAUGAAACCACCUUCAUUACUUGAUCAAGGUAUCAAGCAUGGUGGAAAUGCUGAUAAAAAUACAAUUAAUUCUGAUGAAGCAUCAUCUGUAUCCAGUUUUGAAAAUGGUUUAUUUAAUUGUUAUGAAGGAUCAAUUCUUUUGACAAAAGAAUUUGAACCUUCUGAUAAAUGUAUUAAUGUUGAUUAUUUAGUUAAUGGAAAACAUAUGGAAACGAAACAUGAUGUUGUAGAGGAUGGAUAUUAUUAUUAUAUUUUUUAUAGUGAUAAUGAUUUUGUUUCAAACGAUAUACAUGCACUAUUUGAUAUCUAUAAACCAACUUUUCAAUAUGAAAAUGUUACUAAGUCUUGUAUAAAUCAAACAGAGUGCUCGUUUUCAUUAGAUCUAAUGUCACCUGAUAGAGUAAUCGUGGAAAUACCAACUAAAGAUGGUAUAGAUCUUGAUCCAGAUGAGAUUAGUUUAUUAAUAUCAGUUUGUCACCCACGAAUGGGUGUGUAUGUUAUUUUUCCAAUCGCAGUAUUAUUCUUUAUACUCGGUUGUGCAUUUAUGUAAAGAUUUAUAAAAAUGCAUUACAGUUAUAUAUAUAUAUAUUUAAUUUGAAAAUGGAG